AUGGGACCAAUCAAAACACUGAUACGGAGACUGAAUCAUGUGAAGACAUUUGGCUUAGCUGAAAUUUUUGGUGGGCAAAAGUUUUUUGGAUUAUCAACCAGCCGGAGAAUGAGUCUUUGGCUUCAAGUCUCACUACUGUUGUUAUGCUCUGUGAUUUUUGUCUCAUCACUUCCUACAUCUUUACGAAAACAAGAAUUUGGAUCUAAUGAAAACUUCGAUGGUUCAGACCAACUGUUAGAUAAUGAUGGAGUACAUCCGCGUGGACGCAACAAAUCUGGAUCCAGAAAACAUGAUCCAAUGACAACAACUGGUGAAGGACGUGGACGCCGAAGACGUAGGAAACAUAAUCGACAAUGUGAAGUGACAGGCGAUUGUCCUGAAGUUCCAGGUCAUAGGAAACCACACAGACGUGGACGAAAACGCCGUACACGAUGCAACUCUGAUACUGAUUGUCCCAGUGGUCAAACAUGCAAAGAACGUCGUCAUGGUGGACGCAAGCACCAGUCGAAUGAUAUCAAUGGUAUUCCACUCGAUUCAUCACCAUCCUCCACAGCGUCAUCAUCAUCUAUUCAUGGCGUAAAGUCCGGUGGAAGUAAAGUUUGUCGUGAAAAACGACACAGUAGUAGAGUUCUUAGAAGAUCAGGAGCUCUGUAAUAAAUUGUAUUCAGACGAUUCAUCACAUUGACAAGUAUCAUUACAAUUAUUAUUAUUAUUAUUAUUAUUAUCAAAACAUUCAUUGUUCGAAAGUUCUUCAUUCAAACUGCUUAAUAAUAUGCAUAUAAAUACAUACAUUAACUGCUGUUUAUUUCUUUCCCAUUUCUUGGUUUUAAAUCUACCUGUUCAAGUUUAAAAAGUUUUCAAAGGAAAUCAAUUGAACCAUGAAGUUCAUUUUAUUUGUUUAUCUUGAUUAAAGAAAACAAAAAGGGAGGGAAAUUCAAUGGCGCCAUUUUUGAAUAAAAUGGCGCGACAUUUUGUUAUAUACCUUUGUUUGAAAUGAUUAAAUCGAUAAUAAUAAAAAAUUUGAGAGGAUGAAAAUAAGAAUAAGAAUCAUAGUAAGCAAAUUGUCCGAAUAGGCAUCAGUUUAAUCUAAUUCAACCUCAUUUCAUCGUAUGAUGUUUUUUUUCUGCCCUAUUUCUUCUUCUUGUUACCUCCGCAUUUAAUUAUUCUUAUUUAUAGUCUUUUUAUUGUUUUUCUUAAACUGAAUAAUACAAAUGUCAUAAAUUGGGGUUUAUCCCUUCCUUUUAUUAACUUGCUUGACAGUAAUGAUAAUAACAAUAAAAAAUAUAUAUGAAUAUUCAGUAUAAC